AUGUCUCUCCUUCCUGCUCACGUUGCUGCAACCUCAGCUCCUGCCCGUCGUGAUCAGCUCAGCUCUACCCGUGAGCUCCUGCCUCAUUUCUGGGUUUGCUUGGUUCUUGCCGAUCAUGAGCUGUUCCGCCCGUGCUCCUUGCCUCGGCCAUGUGCCCGUCGUGCCUACCAAUUAUCCCACUUCAGAAUCCCGUGCCACUUGCGCAUUCUCUCCAUCCGUGACCACCACAUCGCACCUCCCGUCCAGCCCAUCUCACCACCUUACCUUAUGUUGCGUUUUGAGACGGGACAUCAUUUUCCCUUUCCAAUGCAACUGCGCAUCUCGACGAUCCGUCAUGAGCACUCAGUUGUUGUCAUGAUGUUGCCGCGGCCCUCGGGGCUUUUCGAUACAUGCUUUGCACACGUCAGCACCAGUGCUGGGCCUUUACCGAACCAGGCGCUCAUGGUUCCUCCCGUCUGA